AACGUGGUGGGCGGGGCACACUGGCCAAACUGGGCACACUCCCCCCGUCAAAUCGCACCGUGCAUGGCAUGCCAGCUGCAUGCAUACCUAUGCAUACAGCGAGUCAGCAUGUCAGUUCAAAAUUCAAAUGGGUUUGUACUUUAAUUUCGCAUUGUGUUCUGGAAGCAUACCAAAUAAACACUUGUCAUCACCACACGUUAGUUAUGUUUUGAGUAGAACUGAACUACCAAUAGUUUGCACUCCGUAGAACGAGCAGUUAUGAUGCACCUGCAAUGCACUGCCGUCGACAUCGAUCAUCUGAUAGCAAUCAGCUUUGGCUCAUGCAGCUCCGUGUUGACGUCUGAGUGAGGAGCGUUUUGGGGUGUCAUCAGUGACAUCGUCGGUCUCCGUGUGCGUGUGAAAUGAGGGGCUGGUCAGGUGUAAGGUGCAGGUUAGGUUCUGGUAAAAUGUAGUGACGGUGGUGUAGACUGAGUUCCUAAGACUCAAGGAUAGUUUUGCGUACCGCCAUCGUUUAACCCAAUCUAAAAGAUAUCUGCCCUAAUGCGAAGAUUAAUAUGUGUAUGAUAUCGCGCGCAGCAGUGAAAUUUCCUCACUUGUUAUGAAGCAAUGUGAUGCCCUUCGAAGUGAGGUUAGGGUUUGACUAAAGCGUGACUGAAAGCCGAGAUGUGAACGUCAAAAAACGAACUUAUUUUAUUGUAAAUUGAUAAAUUACUUUUGUAGGUUCAAUAUGCCUACUCGUGCUGAAUUGCCACGGUCUAAUCAUUUAUCCUAUCAGGAAGGACACAGUUGGACUGACGACUUGCCUGUGUGUAGACAAUCAGGUGUUGGAUUUUCCACCAAUCAGAUAUACAGAGAAGAUGGAUAUCGUCAAGAAGAACAUCAAUUUGAAGACCGCAGCUUCCACUUUUGUGUGGAUGAUGGUACUUUCUUAUAUGGAGUAUUUGAUGGACAUGAAGGCACACAAGCAGCAACAUUUGCUUUGCAGAGAAUGCCCGCUGAAAUUUUAUUGGGACAACUGUUAGGGAAAACAACAGAUGAAGAAGUUAAAGAAGUGCUCAGGCAAGCAUUCAUUUCUGUUGAGAAAGGUUAUUUUGACUCUAUUGAUGAUCGUCUAGCAGAAAGGACCAGUCUCCAAUAUGAAAUUCCGGAUGGCCUUACAUCUUAUGAAGUGUACCAGAAGUACCCUGACUUGAUUGACAAGUUGAAUGCUCUCAAUUGCGAACUUUCUGCAGGAACAACUGCAGUAGUCGCUCUUAUAUAUCGUGGACGUCUUUAUGUUGCUAAUGUUGGAGACAGUCGAGCGUUACUGUGCCGAACAGAUGCCAAUGGAGUUCUGAGAGUUGUGCAAUUGAGUGUAGAUCACGACAUGAAAAAUGAAGAUGAGGUAUUGAGAUUAUCUCAACUGGGUUUGGAUACUGAGAAAGUACAGCAAGUGAAAGGAGCUUAUAAAGAAUUUGAAGAGUUGACCUCAGCUGCAGGAGAACCAGUUAUUGCUGAGCCAGAAAUACAUGGGGGAAUACCUUUGGAUGAAUCAUGCAGGUUUUUGCUGCUGAUGUCAGAUGGACUGUACAAGUCUCUAGAAGAAGCUACUGGCACCGAUCAAGUGAACAAAGAAAUUGCUCAGAUGGCUGUGGAACAGUUCAGAGUCCAGUCUACGCUCAAUGGUGUUGCUCAGACAGUGGUAGAAAAAAUUGGCCGUAUACACCACGACAGUUAUAUGAAUGGUUCAACACCUGGUGGAAAUUCAAGAGUUAGUGGACGUCGCGAUGAUAUGACAUUUCUAGUUCGGAACUUUAACUUUGCCAUGCCCAAUGCAUUGAAUUCGCCAACUAACGCUGUGGUUCGGUUCAACCCAGUGGUGACCACAGUCUCUUCUUCUUCGUGGGGUGCAGGUGAAGAUACUACUACAACUGAAAAUACAGACACUUGUGGCACCAACACAACGGAAGAUCAAAACAAUGACACUUCAACUACUGAAAGUUCUUCUGAUUUGUUUCCAGCCAGAACAAAUCCUACUGACAAAGAUAAGAGAAUUGAACCUUACGUGGAUUUCUCUGAUUUUUAUCAAAAUAUUGAAAAAGCACGUCGUGAAGGUACACUUCCCACAGACAUUGAUUUUUAAUUUAUUGUUACCUUUUCUUAUGUUUGUGAUAUUUUUCCCCAAGGUACUUUUCAAUGUCUCAGGGAAGUUGAACCUUUAAUGUUCUAUUUGAGAGUGGAUGAAGGCACAAAGCAUAUGAAAUUGAAGCCUUGGAAAAGAAAAUUGUUAAUUCUUCUUCUCCAUGCUCCUCUUAAAGUUCAAUACAAUUACUUGAAGGUUGUUAUUGUUAUGAUGUAUUGGCUUGCAAUAAAACAAGUACAUUCUAUUUUAUAAAAAGGACUUAAGAACUUCAAUGCUUAUUAAUAGAUAAUUCAUACAAUAUGAAACAUAAGAUCAGUUGCAUAUUUAAAAUGUAGACACUGAAACCUGUAAAAACUGCCUGGUUUGUUAGAGUUGUUCCUCUAACUGGAUGAACUGUUGUCUUCAAAAGGCACUAAAAACCUAUGUGCAUACAUGUACUUCAGUUGUUUGUACCAUAUAAUACAUCUUUUAUUGGAGUAUUAAUGAGCAUGUAAUUUCUACUUUCCUACACAUUACUUACACAACAAGGAGGUCUUUAUCUAACAAGUUUGUGCUCACUUAAUAC